AUGUUGGUCGGGAUCCACGCCGUCGCGCACAGCGACUUGACCUCGUCGACGGUGACUUCAAAGCCCGCCUUGGAGACUGUCAUCACCGCGUUCUGUGUCUGUCAGCUGACGCAAAGGCUCGGGCGAGCUAACGUGUUUGAGACCAAUGCCGCGGAGGAGACGCGCAAAGAGACGCACGUCGUGUGUCUCCGCCACGAGGAUCUGCGUGGGUUAGCAUUGCGGCACCCAUUACAACCCACUGGAGCGUCCGCGCCGUUUGGAUGUGUGCCCGCCAUUGUUGGAAAGGAAUGGGCGAGAAGGCAAAGAGGAAGCGAAGACGGAUUUGUUUGUGUGGGAUUGACUGGACUGAAGCACCUCCACUCUGGCGGACGAACGGAUAUUGCCUCCGGCAAAAGUCGCCUCCGAGUGGUGCUCAGACGAGAGAUCGAGAGACCGCCUUCCUCGCAUUCCAGCUUCCUUCUCCCACUACACCUUCUUGUCACUCACACCUUUACACCUCACGCCAAAAUGUCGUUUGCUAGCCGAUACAUGCCCAUCUUGUUCGGCAUCGGCGUCGGUGAGCUAACGCCCUUCGGUCACAGUAAGCUGACAUCUGCAGGCGCCUUCUCGGGCAUGUACAUCUGGGACGAGCCCCUGCAGCAGGUCACCGGUCGCAUGCCUCCCCCCGGAGAAGAGGCGGCUGAAGAGGCCAAGGCCAAGGCCGAGGCAUCAAAGACUGCUGUCGCGGCCCCUGCUGCUCCUUCUGCUCCUGCUGGCUCUGCCGUCGCUCAGGCGUGA